AUGGAGACUGCGACCGAGCACUACGCGAUUUCGGCGAUACACGCGCAGAUGGAGCAGCUUGGGGUUUUAGGGGCGGUGCCUUGGCUGGUACAUCUGCUCACUUGUAUCCCAGGGCUCAAUGGGCCCUACGAGAAAUACGCGAAAUACUGCAGCGAGAAAAUCAGUGAGAGAAGAUCGAAAUGGAGCUCGGAAAGCGACAAGACACCCACGGAUGUUAUAUCCUGGCUUUUGAAGGCAAUGGACGAAAACGACCGCUCCGCUCCACCGGGAGAUCAAGCCCUUGAAGAGGAAGGAAGACUAGUUAUUGCUGCUGGAAGCGACACUGUUGGAACUACUCUGGCCAACGCUAUGUUCUUUCUUGCCAGCAACCCUUCAGUCUACAAACGUCUGCAAAAAGAAGUAGACCAGGCAGCGGAAAAGAGUCCGGAGACGUUCAACAAUGAUAUGAUCGCACGCAUCCCAUACAUAGAGGGAAUCAUCAAGGAGACUCUUCGCUUGAAGCCCGUUGUGCCAAGUGGCAUGAGCCGAGUGACUCCGCCGGAGGGUUUAGAGAUUGAUGGAGAGUGGAUUCCGGGCAACACGAUCGUGGUCGUCCCGCAGCAUAUCAUGCAUCGAGACGAACGGUGCUUUGUGCGGCCAUUAGAGUUUUUGCCUGAGCGUUGGCUGGAGGAGGGAAAGGACUUGCUGCUGGACGACCAGGCCUAUUUUCCAUUCGUGAUCGGCCCUUAUGCUUGCAUUGGCAAGCAAAUGUCUUUGCUGCAGAUGCGUGGGGUCCUACGGCGCAUUGCGAUGGACUUUGAUGUCUCGUUCGCACCGGGUGAGGACGGCAUCGCGUUUGACACGGAGUUCAAGGAUACUUUUACCGUGACGUUACCGCCGCUUCAGUUGAUGUUCACAGAGCGAAGGAUUGGGAACUGA